GGGAGAGAGGGGGUGUGGGGGGCACUGAGCAAAGUGGGUGGUGGUGGGAGCGCAGCGUUCGUAAAGGGGAGCGAAGCGCAGCGAAAGAGGAGGAGAGAGACACAGAGAGAGGUACAGAGAGGGGAGAGUUAUGGAGACAGAGGAGGAGCUGAUCAGGACUGCGAAAAAGUUGGAUAAAAUGGUGUCUCGUAAACACACGGACGGAGCUUUGGUGCUGUUGCAGAAACUAAAAUCAACUCAGAUGACCUUGAAGUUACUGCAGAGAACGAGAAUUGGAAUGUCCGUCAACUCCGUCCGGAAACACAGCUCGGACGAGGAGAUUGUCUCUCUCUCCAAGGUGCUCAUCAGAAACUGGAAGAAGCUGAUGGAAAUUCCAGGUCAUCAGAAGCACGAGAAACCGUCCGAUAAAGGGCCGGAGACAAACGAGGAGAAACCGCACAAAGCCCCAGGAAUCUCGCCUCCAUCGCUAGCUCGUAAACACUCAAGGGACAAGCGCGCGGAGAGACGAGACUCCUUGAGCUCCAUGUCACCCAAAUCCCCGUCACCGAUGCCAAGGAAAAACUCCAUGGACAAAGAGGAGAGGAGACACUCCGUCGCCAGCAAAUCGUCAUCAGCCGCCCCGGACCCACCACGAAAAUCCUCGACGGAAAAGAGAGCGAGGAGGGAUUUGCUCACCAUUCAAUCUCCGGCUCGAAGGGCUUCAGCGGAUAAAAAGGAUGAAAGGGACGGCAAUAAAGGGUCUCCCACAAGCCCAACGAGCCCCAGCUUCUCCGGAGCUCCGAGCUUUCUUCCGCCUUCCCUUUCUACCGGAGAAUCGAUCCGGGACAAGUGCAUCGAGAUGAUCUCGGCUGCGCUGAAGACUGACGAUGAUUACAAACAAUAUGGUUCCAACUGUGAUAAGAUGGCGGCUGAAAUCGAGGACUAUAUCUACCAGGAGUUUCAGAAAACGGACAUGAAAUACAAAAACCGGGUCAGGAGCAGGAUCAGUAACCUGAAAGAUCCGAAGAAUCCAUCCCUGAGGAACAACGUUCUGAGUGGCAUGAUCACUCUCGUGCACAUCGCCAGGAUGACCGCAGAGGAGAUGGCCAGCGAUGAGCUGAAGGAUCUCCGCAAUGUGCUGACCCAGGAAGCCAUCCGAGAGCAUCAAAUGGCCAAGACGAGUGGCAACACCAGCCUGCUCCAGUGCGGCAAAUGCAAGAAGAAAAACUGCACUUACAACCAGGUUCAGACCCGCAGUGCGGACGAGCCAAUGACAACAUUUGUGCUGUGCAAUGAAUGUGGAAAUCGAUGGAAGUUCUGCUGACGAACGAACGUGAGGACUUGUGAGGCACCGGGACUACAUCCUGUUUUGAGGAGGUUCACGUGAACCUUGGCGGAAGCGGAGAGGCAGCCGAGCAUUACAUCAAAAAGGACCCGUCUGAUUAUGGCCCGUUAACCCUUUAAGGGUCUCGGAGCUCUGGCUUUUUAGAAUGCUGUGGGGUUUCUGUUGUGUGAUUUUUCUAUCUCCCCUUCCCCUCCCCACACCCCCAACUCCCAACCACGCAUACACGCACACUGAGGGUCUGGCUUCUACCCUCCGAGCACAGUGUAUAUUGUCAGAAUCAAAGCUUUUAAUAAUCAUUGAAGCUCUCUGUUUGGCUGCCCCAAAUAUUACGCUGGAAAUGGGAGGGUUAAUUUCCCUCUUUUUUUAAAAGGUAGGGGGGGCAGAGGGGCAGUCAGAUAAGAAUUGAACUACAGAACUUGAGGGCUUCACAGUUCUCAGCUCCUCCCCUGUACCCCCC